AGGGGUGCGGAUCGCUACCGACUCCAUUCUUGCAGGCGAAUUUGGAGACAGUAUGUCUGCCACUGCUGCAGUUAGCCCCAGGGAAUACGUGCAACCUGCUGCUUCAGCAGCUCAGGAUACUCAGCCAUCUCCACUAGCCCUGCUUGCAGCCACAUGUAGUAAGAUUGGCCCUCCAGCUGUAGAAACAGCUAUUAUUUCUUCUAUUCCUCCUCAACCUGCCCCUCGGAAAUUGGUUCCUAUUAAGCCUGCUCCACUCCCACUAGGUUCUAACAAGAACAACAUUGGAAUCUUAUCAAAAGGAAACCUCUUCCAAAUUCAAGGUUCUCAACUGGGCACCUCAUAUCCUGGUGGACAGCUGGUAUUUACAAUCCAGAACCCAGCUGUAAGCAGCAAAGGAGCCCGCUCCCUUGCCAAUAUCCAGUAUCGGGUGGUACCAGAGAACCAAACAGCAUCAGGACAGAUGAUUCAGGUGCAGCAAAAUUUGGGCAAUCAAAUACAGAUUCCCAGCAAUAUCACCCCUUCUUCCUCUUCAUCAGCUCAUAGGCCUGUGCCAAUAAAGCCAGCUCCAACUCAUAAGUCAUCAGCAGCUGCUCUCCACAACACAAGCAGUGUUGUCAAGUUAACUGGCACCAGUGGCAAUGUUACACUUACUCUUCCAGUGAGCAAUCUUGUAACUGCUGGGGAAACUAGUACUCAGACUCAAAUUGUACCUGACAGCCCCUCUAAGCCAAGCAGAAAAGCUCGAAAGAAAAUGGUACCACAAGCUCAAACAACUGCAAUGGCUGUGACAGAGCAUGUUGAGACAGUCUUAAUAGAGACUACAGCUGACAACAUCAUCCAGGCAGGGAACAAUCUGUUGAUUGUACAGAGUCCUGGCUCUGGGCAGCCAGCUGUGGUCCAACAGGUGGAAGUACUUCAGCCCAAACAAGAACAGGCAGUUCGGAUACCCCAGCAAGCCCUACGGGUGGUCCAGGCAGCCUCAGCCACACUCCCUACAGUUCCCCAAAUGUCCCAACAAAACUUCCAGAUCCAGGCAAUGGAGUCAAUUCCCACUCAGGUCUAUUUCAAGACGCCUUCUGGUGAGCUACAGACAGUACUACUCCAUGAAGCCCCAGGCGUAACUGUGGCCCCUUCCCUUGCAGUUGCCUCAGCCACAACCUGCAGCAGCUCUGUACCCCGCAGUUCCCAGUCAGGAGGAAGUACCAAAAAGACAUGGGCUUGUAAAGAGCGUGCUCUGCCAAAGAUUGCCCCUGCUGGAGGCAUCAGCCUCAGUGCAGCACAACUUGCUGCUGCUGCUCAGGCAAUGCAAACAAUCAGCAUCAAUGGAGUGCAAGUUCAAGGUGUUCCUGUUACCGUCACCAAUACUGGAGGCCAACAGCAGUUAACAGUGCAGAAUGUUUCAGGCAACAAUCUAACCAUCAGUGGCCUGAGCCCUACCAAAAUCCAAUUACAAAUGGAGCAAGCACUCUUGGGGGACCUGCAGCCUGGGGAAAAGAGACGGCGGAUGGCUUGCACCUGUCCUAAUUGCAAGGAUGGGGAGAAAAGGUUGGGGGAUCAAGGGAAGAAGAGACAUAUCUGCCAUGUUCCUGAAUGUGGGAAGACCUUCCGUAAGACUUCCCUUUUGCGGGCCCAUGUACGUCUACACACAGGCGAGAGACCUUUUGUCUGCAACUGGGUCUUUUGUGGAAAGAGAUUCACGCGCAGUGAUGAACUGCAACGACAUGCCCGAACGCAUACAGGUGACAAACGUUUUGAGUGUGCCCAGUGCCAAAAGCGCUUCAUUAGGAGUGAUCAUCUGACAAAGCACUAUAAAACCCACUUGGUCACUAAGAACUUGUAGGGCUGGAUGCAAGCAGGAAAAGUGAGGAAACAGGGUGAUGAGAGGUUUUUCACCCCUCAUCAUGAGAGAGGUUGCCCAAAUAAUUGUCCUGGCUGUGUGAAAGCUUUCCCAGCCAUAUUUGCCCAAGUAAAAAUGUAGUGGCUGCUGCUCCUUCAAUCAAACACCCUUCACACUGGCACAUUCCUUUGGAACUUCUUGGAGAAUGCAUCAGACUUCAAGGCUUAAACCUCAGAUAAAGGAGCAACUCCAUAUCCAAAUAAGCUAUCAUCAGCACAAGCCCAUUAGCAGACCUGGAAAAGCAAGGCAAAACUCAUUUAUGCAUCUUCCUCGGGAGCUUGCAGAGCCAGUGUCGUCUUCUGCUGCACCAAAGGAAUUCCUUAUGGGUUUGAGAGUAGCACCAGUGAAACUAUACCCCACUUGUAAUUUUGGUUCCUCUUCCCACUGUAAUUGUGAAGCUUUUGAAUGAGAGGCAGGGAAACCAUCCAAAAUGGGACUCCGUCCCCCUGGCACAUUCCUACUUUUUAUUUAAAAACAUAGACAUAAAUAGAUACACACAGACACACACACACCACACACACACACCCUUAAGAAGCUCCAUGUUUUUUCUACAAAGAAUGUCUUAUAUUUUCCCCAGUUGCAAAUUAUGUAUUGUAAACAUUUUUUAAAAUUUAAUAAUUUCUUUAUAAACAAAAUCCUUUGCCCUACCUUACACAGCCUAAAAUCCCUAUCAAAAAGCAGUUCUAUGAUCUGAUGGUGGUCUGCAAACUAGGUGUGCUCUGUAUACAUAACAGGGAUUUCUAGCGUAUGUGUAGUAGCAGCAGUAGCACUUUGUUCAAGGAAGUUGAAGAUGUUCAUAUAUGAAGAGGCACUCGUGUAUAUAUGUAGCAGAGCUGUGGGAUUGUAGCCAUAUAUUCUGAUGUAGAUGAUAAAAAGUGCAGGCAAAAUGCAAUGUAUGAGCCAUAUGGAAAAUCUAGGGCAAUCUGCAAUUUGCAUUGUUUGGUUACAUAGAUUAAUUAGAAUUACAGUCCAAUGCAGAUUUGUCCAGCCAAGCUCCAUUAGACAUCAGUAAUGACAUGGUGGCUGAAAUGUAAGAACCUUUUUCAAAAAGUGGAAUAUUCUCAGUCUUUCCCCAUUUUUUAUAUUAUUAUGUUUACUUCACUGGAUUUCCCCCCUCCCCUUUUUUAUAUCUGAUACAGCUCCUUUUGUGUAUUAUAGUGUGUAUUGUGUCAUAGACUAUAUAAUACAUUUAAGUGUUU